GCCCCUCCAGAGUCUCAGCCUCGUGGUCAGGAUUAAGGAGUCAGGCCAGGUCAGGAUAUAUUUAUAAGAACGAUUAGCUGGUAGCUGGGGAGGGGGCAGAUGAAGCGAUUCUUACUCCGCCCCCAGUAAUCAUUCUGCUGAGCCCAAACCAGACCAUGCUUCUCAGAGUUGGAGAGAACACCAUCUGAACCCUAGACAGAACGGGAAGGCCUUUCUUUCCUUGGGUGGCAGCCUGUAACUGACCCAAGGUCUUGGAGGGCAGGGUCUCUGGACUAGAGCGACCUCUGCCGGACAACGGAGACCACAACGAGGUCUGGGUCAGUGUGUUCUUGGUUGAUCCUCACGUUUGCGCCUUUGCCUGUAUUAUUGUUGUCUGUGUCUUUCUUUCUUUCUUUUGGUCAGCAUAGCCAUCUCAAUGAGUCUCUUGCUUGUACUGUCUUUUGUUCCCGGCUUGUAUUUUUCUCAGGUUCUGGAUCGGAAAAGCUGUCCAAGGUGCUGGCCUCGUGCUACUGUCCACGUUGCGGCUCUUGGCUGGCCUUGGUUUGGUGGUUCUGAGGUGUCUGAGCAUCUCCUAGACUCCAGACAGCUAACAGGUGGACAUGGCCCACAAAGGCCACUCUCAACACAGCGGCCUGGUCUGGGCCCUGCGACCGAUCCUGGCUUGGAUCUUCUUGGUGGCCUGUGGAUGGAGUUACCCACUGCAGACUAGGUCCUGGGGACACCCUGGACUGGCAGCCAAGGUGCGCACAGGCCAGCUGCAGCCGGCAGGGCACCCUCAGUCCUCGGUUCUACCACCAUACCCAAGGAUCCAAGUUCCUGGCUCACAGACACCUCCAGUGCCAGAACCUUGCUGCACUGCAGAGAUAGACAGACCAGAGAGUCUUCUAGAGAGCUGCGGGGCACCAAGCCCAGAAUGUGAAUUCUUCCUGGGACAACUUCAAGGAGCCCUUCGCGAUCGCUUCCACCCACAGCUCUUCGGGGCACGCCCAGUGCAGCCUCUCUGCUCAGAGCUCUGCCAGAUUUGGUUCACCACCUGCCAAGCAGAUUUUAUUUGUGGCCCGACUUGGCUGCAGUCCUCUGGAGAGAGAGGCUGUGAGCCCAGCUGCCGCACCUAUGGGCAGACCUUUGCCAACGCCACAGAUCUGUGUCACUCUGUUUUGGGUCAUGUCCUGCGGGUAGCAGCUCCUGGUUCCAGUCACUGCCUCAACGUCUCCAUCUCCUCUCCAGGAGCCCGCCGCCGCCCUCGUGCCUGGAUUUCAAAUGUUGUAGGCAGUGGCAGUGGCAGCGGCAGCGGCGACAGCCCCGAGUCAAUGUUUGGCGUUCAAUAA